AUGGCAUGCCCCGAGCCCAUCAACUUCCUGGAGCUCCCCAUCGAGAUCCUCAGCCAGAUCCUCCAGCCGCUACUGACUACGCCGGACCACACGCCCAUCCUGCUCUGUCCCUGCUCGCCCGCCCCGUUCCCUCCCCGGUCCGUCCUGUCCAUCCUCCUGACCCAUCCUCGUCUCCACGCCAUCGCCUGCCCACUACUCUACGGGCCGAGCAAUAGCUUCCUCCUGGAUCUCGCGGGAGAGCAUAGCUCACAUGUCCGGAGGAGGCGGGAGGUCUUCGAGGCAGUCCAGGACGACAAGUUCCUGAUCAAGGACAUUGGGAACCACAGCAACUCCCACAGGCACGCCCCGGACGGGUCGUUCUUCUCGCUGCCCACCCACAGGCGGCGCCGUCCCCUGCUGGCCACCGUGCCUGCCCUGCGCAGGCUCCAGAACCUCACCAUCCGCGUGGACCGGCUAAGGGGAUGGAUACAGGACGACAUCGUCCCGGUCGUCUCGGACAUGAUCAUGCACGGGCACCUGCAGCAGCUACGCCUCUACCUGGCUACGACGCUGGAGGCUCUCUCGUCUUCGUCUUCGUCGUCGUCGACACCCGGAGCCCGCCGCCCUCGUAUCGCGUACCCUCCUCCCCAGGCGGCAGCAGGGCGGCCACCGCUCGCUGGCCUGCUGCGGCUCUUGGCGGACCCGGACCUGGGGCACUCGGGCUUGUGGAUUGAGGGUCGCCAUCACGCUGGGUGGGAUCAGUUCCAGAGCGACACGUCGCAGGGGCUGGAUGGGAGCAGGCGCGACGACGACGGCCGGGAUGGGCGAGACCUCGUACACCACCAGGAGGAGCAGGUGGUUGAGCUUGAUUGGCGCAAGGUGCUGGAGAGCGCAGCUGAGAUGCAGGCUGCGGACUGGAAGACUAGCGUUUAG